CAAUCGCUUGUUUGUAACAGCGGUCCAAAGCGCGCACCCGUCAGCGGCGGAGAAGAGAGGACAGAAGGCGGCAGAAAGACAAAUAAAGACCAAUUAACCGAUUUUCUGAAAACCUGCUCUUAAAUUAACGCCAGGAUGUCGGAGGAAAAGCCAAAGGAGGGAGUCAAGACUGAGAAUGACCACAUCAACCUCAAGGUUGCAGGGCAAGAUGGGUCAGUGGUCCAGUUCAAAAUCAAAAGACACACACCCCUCAGCAAACUAAUGAAGGCGUACUGUGAACGGCAGGGUCUCGCGAUAAGGCAGAUCAGAUUCAGGUUUGAUGGCCAACCUAUCAAUGAGACGGAUACACCUGCACAGCUGGAGAUGGAAGAUGAAGACACCAUAGAUGUAUUCCAGCAGCAGACAGGCGGGCACUGCUAGGCCCCCCUCCCCACCUCAUUGACAGCCACCCUCAGUCUACGCCCUCAGCCACCCUCACUGUCCCUUCCCUCCCCAUCGCUCCUCUCAGCCUCUUAUUAUUAAUAUUAUUAUUAUUAUUUCUUCCCUUUAAAGAUGUCUGUUAUGGUUUCUCGUCAGGUUUGUGGGGGGACGGGGUGGGAUGGGCUCCUCAGCUGUUUAUAUACUGUCUCAGCAAGGACUGAACUUUUGUGAGCUUCUACAGUCUCUCUGCUGAUCAAUCAGGACGUCAUUUUCUUCUGCUACCGACGGCUGUGAUUGGACCACCACCGCGUCGCAGCCGUUCCUGGUUUGUCAGUGCUUCUGGUGUGCUCUCCAGAGAAAUCGUAGUAUUUAGUAGUUUGUCACAAUUUCUCAUCCGUCAGGGUCGAAUGCUUGGCUCUGCAAGAUUUUUGUCCAGGUGUCACAGUCAGUGGGCAGGAAAUGCUUUGAAGUGGAAGCACUAUUUGAACUUAAUACACACCCGCCUUCCAUUUCACCUCGCUUUCUUGUUUUUUUUGUUUUUUUGUCUGAGCAGUGACCCCUGCUCGCCUGUCAAAAUGUAUUUUAAUUCUCUGCAUUUUAGGUGCUUUUGCUAAAGAGUUCUGCAAUGUUUUUGUAUUUUUUGAUCCUUCUUUUAAGAAUUAACAACCAGGGGGCUUGUUGCUUUUUUUCCUGUACAGAAGUAUCGAAGUGGAUGUUAGAUAAAUGUUGUGGGGCUUGGACCAAUACUCCAAAGACAGAACUUCUGUUUCAUAUUUCAUGAUUCAACUCUUCAGGCAGGUUGUUUAUUAAGGGAGUUUGUAUUUCAUUGAUGUUAUUUGCUUCCUUUUUGACUUCAUAUUGAUAUAAGUUCUUCAUAGGUAUCCGGUACAUACUAUAAUUUCUUCAUCCAGAUUAAGGCUUGGUUUGUUUGGGAGGGAAAGCUGCAUCCUUUUACUGCGGCUGGUUGGGGUCUUUUUUUCCCCACCUAUUUUCCAACAAAGCAGGUCAGUGCUAGAUCCCUGUGGUGUUCUUAAAAGCAGCUCAGCUUGCAGGGUUUUUCAUUAUAGGGUGGCAGUACUUGGUAUCCUGUGGGUGGAGAUAACUGGAAGGCUGUUCCUUGAUGCUCUUUUGGGGUACUCAUCUUGUAUUGUCCCUGGGUAUGUAGGCUGACAGUACCACUGCUUCUAGAUGUUCUGAUAAGGAAUGGCUUCCAGUUUAAUUAAGGAUAUCCACAUAAGUCAGUACACUUUCACUGCUGUAUAUCAACUGUCAAGCUCUUUCCUCAUGUUAAAAGUGCAGGCCAUUUCUUUAUAAACAGUAGAGACAUCCAAAGUGGUGAUAAGGGUCUCUAAUAACAUUUUGGAGAUGGAUGCAUGCAAUUUGUUGCAUAUCGGGAGGACAGGGAGGCCAACCAAUGGAGUUUAGGAGCUAAGUGUUCUGUACCCACAGGGCUCCGUUCUUCAUCCGCUGAUAAGAGUUGGCUUCAUUUAUGGCUUGGCAUGAGCUGGGACCUUUCACAUCAUUCAGGAGUAAAUUGUAUCUAGUUGAGCAAGUAGUGCUUCCCUCUAAAACUGCAGAAAUAAAAGCUGAUCAAGCACAUUAUUUUCGAUUUAUUUAUAGAUCAGGAUGUUGCUUUAUUCAUAAUCAAAUUAAUCAAAAUGCAAAGUAAAAAAUGCAAUAAAGAUCAGAAGUUUGUGGUGCAGUAUACACCACUGGUAUUUAGACGUUCACGAUACAGUAUGAGGUAAAAAGAUAAAGAAAAAGUUGCAGUUCCCUUAGCUAAGUUCAAAGUUUUUGUUUCCAAAAAGGCUUCCUGACUUAAAUAUAGUUCUCCAGCCACUUUAGAAAGGUGCCCUUCUUUUAAUUAAAGCAUUACAUAUGCAGGAACUGCCAUUACUAUUUAACAUUUCCACAUCAACACUUUAUUUCAAAAGUUUUGCUGCUCAUCCCUCCCAGAUUCUUUUUUUUUCCCUGUUUUACAAAAUAAGAGCACAGUCAUAAAGACAGCCUCCCACUGAAAGACUGAUGUAGGAGCUGAACUUUGUCACGUGUGAAGAACGGGGCCCAGGUCUUGUCAUGUUAUUUGUUUCUCUACUGAUUUGUACAUUAUUUGUGGUCUUUUACUACUGUAUACAAUAAAUAUAGUUUGGUACUCAGA